AUGAUGCUGCCCUCAUCGCCGCCUUCGCCAUCCAGGCCUGUGCUUAUCAACCGGACCAAUGCAGAUGCCCAAGGAGACCGAGAGCAGUGUCGAAACGCUCCGUUGGCCUUGCCACAAGAUCGCAAACGGGCACCCGCUGCAGACGACUGUUCACAGAGCUCGAGAAAACGCGUCAAAUUGGACAUCAAUGAGGAAAGCGACGCUGUCAGUCCUCAGGGCGCGUGCUCGAGCGAAGUCAGUCUGACUGUGCCCGCACGUCGCGCACAUUGGGGCGCGAAUGUAUGCGGAUUGCGGAGCGCAGCGAUGAGGAUGGGUACGGGAUCGCUCGCUCGGUUGUCUUACCUUCCGACGCGUUCACUACUCCAGUCGUUCGUCUCGUCGGACAAAAGCGAUGUAUUCAAAUGCCACUCUGCGUGGGACACUCUACGCGUCAACCUGCCGUAUGCAUGUGCAUAUUCGCACGCCGCAAAGGACGGGAGAGAUGCUUUGCUAGCUGUAUCGACAGAGCAGGGCGCCGUAGACAUCUUGAACACGACCAAACGGCAAGAGUGGGACGUUGGUGAGUGCGACGCGGUGAUUGCCAGCAUUUGCUCAUCCUCAACAUGGAACGUCCUUCUUACAGAGCCACAACGAUCCACAUUCCAUCCCCAUAGCAACGCCAUCUUCGACUUUCAGUGGUCCCGCUCAGACGAGCUGCUAGCCACCGCAGCAGCCGACAAGACCGUUGCCGUGUCAAAACUGACGCCUCACGGCGGGCAGGUCGUGCGCUCGCUUCAGCACCACUCGAGUACUGUCAAGUGUCUGUCGUGGGAUCCAAGUCGGGAUGGCGACAUCCUGUGCUCAGGUAGCCGAGACGGAACGAUAUACGUCUGGGACUUGCGGGAGGCCGACAGGGCGAAGCCCUGUAUGCAGGUGUCGAAGGCACACGAUACAGGCAAGCCGGCAGGACGAAAGGGCAAGCUAUGCGGGCCACCUGCGAGAGGCGUGACCAGUUUGCUGUUCUCGGGUGUGCACGAGUACGGGCUAAUCAGUGGCGGGUCGUAUGAUGGUAUCUUGCGUCAGUGGGAUCUGCGUUACAUUGACAGCAAGAGACGGACAAAAGAUCCGAGUAAGACCACUACCGCCAAGUGCACGUAUAUUUCCUCGGAGGAUCCGACGACCUACAAUGGCACGCGCCGUGCGCGUGGCAUAACCAGCAUUACUCCCGGCUCAGGACCAUCUCGCGGCCUGCUCUUCGCACUGGCCAACGACUCGAGAGUGCACACCUACGACCUUGGCUCGCUAGAGCCACUCUCGGGGCACACGAGCGACGCUAACACGGACAUUUGGUCGUACGGCCACGAAAGCAUGCGCACGAACUCGUUUUACGUCCGUGCCGCAGUCUCGCCGUGCGGACGCUGGCUCGCGAGCGGCGCUGCAGAGAAGGGGAGCGUCUUCCUGUUUGACGUGUCCUGCAGUGAGCGGGAGAGGAUGACGGCCGCACGGUCCGGCGAUCCAAGUGUGAGCGCAAGGUUGAGAGGAGUGGAGCUGCGAGGACAGAAAGGAGAGGUCGGGGCCGUGGAUUGGGCGCAAGGGAUGCUCGCGACGUGCGCUGACGACGGGACGGUACGCAUCUGGCGACCAGACCCCGAGAUCUCGGGGCGUUGCGAAGAUGAGCCCGAGGAGAUGCGAUGGAAUUGGAGUUGGGCUGUUGGGCGAUGA